GAAUCACCCAUAGGUCAUAGCCCACAAACCUUUCUAGUUUCUACUACGUAUUAGCUGCAAUUCAGUCUCCCUCCAACUUAACCCUCAAUGCUGUGAUUCUGUGAAUUGCUGGCUAAAGAGUAAAAGUACGAAGAUGGCACACAGAAUAGCUGCAACAGUAUGCUUUUGGUGCAUUAUCUUAGUAAUGAGACCAUCAUCAGCACUAGAAGAAGUUAGCAGGCAGGAACAACUUCAUUUGGGUGCUUACCCUACUGAAACAUAUGACCUCAACAGCGGUACAAAAGGCUACUCUCAGUUCUUGACAAAUUUACGCAAAAGAUUGGAAGCAACAAAGGCUUGCAACAUUCUAGUGACACGAGCAACCUUACCAGCAGGCGCGGAAUAUGUUUAUGUGGAUCUUAAAGUUACCGCAGCACAAUGGGUCACCUUAGCCAUAAGAGUUGAUAAUGUGUAUCUGGUGGCUUAUCGUGUUGGUGGCCAAACUCAAGGCACAUUCUUUAAGGAGCUAGAUGUUAAAUUUGCAAGGUCUAAGCUUUUUGAUAAGAAGGAUAAUCAACCAACACUUCAAUAUGACAGCAACUAUAAUCAUAUAGAGGCAGUGGGCGGCUCUAGGCAGGGCCUUGACUUGGGGCUUCAGGAAUUACGGAAGAGAAUUGUAGCCUUCUAUGACCCCAAAAAACCAGUGUCAGCUGCGGAGGAGGCUCGAUUCCUUCUUACGAGUAUCCAAAUGGUUUCUGAGGCUGUGCGAUUCAAGUAUAUUGAGACUCUGGUCGUCAAUAAUGGAUUAAGUAAACAUUUUAAACCAGAUACUAAAAUGAUAGAUCUGGAGAACAAGUGGGGAAAGAUCUCAAAAGCUGUCCAUCAAUCGAACGAGCAAGUGCCUAAUCAAUGUGUUACUAUUAGCCCACCCAUUGAUAUCGCGGGGAAGAAGUGGAAUUUGGUAAGCGACAUAAAAAUAGAUGUGAUCCUGCUCAAGUACAAGAGCAAUGACGCAAAUAGUCGUACGUCUACAAUGGUUGCGAGCUAUAUCAACAAAGCUGCUGAUAUUGCAGGUGGUGUUGGAGACCCUGAGCUAGCAAUUUUAGAAGAUUCAUUUGUGUGAUCCAUCAAUCAAUAAUGCAUAUAGUUGCAUUGUGUAAUAAUGUGUCUAGUCAUUGCUUCGCCUUAGACAUGUAUGCGUGUCUCCGGAACUACUAAAUAAGUGCGAAACCCUAAGAUAAAUAUUUGUAUUUCCAGCAAUAAUAGUUGAAUUCUAUA